GCUGCUGUAAUGGAUCUGAAAGCUGGCAAACAUCUCGUGGCACCAGCGAUAAAUAAUAUCAGUUGCUCGAAUAACCGUUUCACCGGCAAUUUCUUCGCCCAUAUUGGCCCGCUGGAUGUCCUACAGGCACUGUUCAUAGUGUUCCUCACGUUUCUGGUGAUCAGCGCGAAUCUAAUGGUCAUCAUCGUCAUCAACAGUCGCCGGUAUGCCGCCUACAUCCACCCACAGCCCCGGUACCUGCUGACAUCACUGGCGCUGAACGAUUUGGCAAUUGGGUUGCUGAUCAUACCCUUCGGGGCGUUACCUGCCUUACUACACUGCUGGCCUUACGGUGAAAUAUUUUGCCAAAUUCAGGCCUUGCUACGUGGAGCUUUAUCACAACAAAGUGCUGUUAUCUUAGUCUGUAUGGCAGUCGACCGGUAUCUGUGCGUGCUGCAUCCCCAAAUCUACCAUAAGCGGUCCAGUAAAAAAGGCUGUGUUGCAAUUUUGAGCGUAACGUGGAUUUUAUGUUUGACCUGUUUUGGACUUUUGGUGCUGCCGAAAGGAUACUACUUCAACAAAUCCGGUCUGCUGGCGUGUGAACCGUUCUACAGUAAAUCGUCCUACCGGAUACUGUCCAGUUGUGCGCUGUACUUUCCAACGACGAUGGUGCUGAUGUAUUGCUACGGGUCAAGUUUCCACGCCAAUAGAUACAGACUGGCGACGCCAGCAGCCGGUGGUACCACGUUGUCCGCCGUGUCGAUACAGGGAACUGCCACCGGAGGACGAGGAGGAGAUGGUAAUGGUGGCGGAGGUGCUACAACAACUACGACGACCGAAAUCGGAACGGUCAACAACUCGUCCUGUGCCGGGACUCCAACGGCCAUCUCCGUCGCGACGCCCUCGUCCUUGUCGUUCUCGGAAAAGCUGGCAGACCACGAACAGAGACUGAACGGAUCAACUUCACGCACAAUGGCGGCUAUAUCAUUAGGUUUUAUAGUAAUUAUCACCCCCUGGACGAUACAGGAGAUUGUGGCAACAUGCACAGGAUCAAAGAUACCAACAUCGAUCGAUUUCUUCGUCACAUGGAUAGCAUUAAGUAGUAGCUUUUGGAAUCCUUUUCUCUACUGGCUCCUGAAUGCCAGAUUCCGGAGAAUUUGUAAAGAAAUGUUAUCUUCUAAGUGCACCAGUAGCCAAACCUCGCUGGACGAAAAGAGUAGUAUAAGCCUAGAGUACGAUCAGCACAUGACAACACUGCCGCUUCCACCGGGUCCACCUCCGGCGACAAUUUGCCGCUCGACGAACCACACACCCCGACCGGACAUCGAGUGUCCAGAAAAGUACUGGGACGACGUCCUCGAGCGAACGUUUAGUACCGGUAGCAUCAAUGCCCUUCACCGCAGUACCUCGUCCAGUUCAACCGCGUACCAUCAGACGACUCUCCACAGACACCACCAUCGGCACCGGCACCACCACCCACAGCAGCACAAUGGCAACGGCAGCAAUCAUCACAGCAGCAAUAGCAUCCACAAGUCAACGAUCGAACACGGUAAGGACAACAGUGACUUCACUGUGAUCUUCCCGACGACCAAUUCGGACCCGGCCAUGUCUUGCGAACAUGAACUGCACGACAUCAACUGUGCCAAAAAUCGGGCAUUUUUCCUUGGUUUCAAUCACCACCAAGCGCUACCAGAUACCUAGUAUCGUAGGGUGCGAACCGGGCGAUGGAGUAGGAUUAAGCUGUUAGUGAUGCGGAUUUUAUAAAAAAAAAAUGUAAGAACACUAAGCAAAUCUGUGGCAACCGAUUUUUGUAUGAUGCUGCACCUCAGUAGGGUAAAGGUAGGGUAAAGUAAAUUGGAUCAAAAUCAAAUUCGAGUCGUGUAGGAACA